AUGCCCUCAUCCGCUGCCGUUUUUCUCCGCAUUGGCUAUAGGAAGCUCAUUCUCCGGUUGCCCCAGCAACUGUGGAGGAUGACCCCCAGCUGGGGAGGGGAAAGCCUUGGGCCGCCUUUCAGCCCACCCCCGCGCAGCUCCACUGCUGACCUGCCAGUGGCUGGGAGGAGGAGCCAGCUCUGCAGAGGGGCUUCUACAGGUCCAGCGUGGGCCCUGCCGCCCAGCUGCUCCAGUGUCAGGCAGAGCGCCGGCGUUAAAGCCAGCGCUCCUCUCUCCCCCUGCUGCCCAUUCUGCAGCUCGCAUUCACUCCUCUCCAGUGGCAACCGGAGCACAGGCGGCAAGAUGUCAUCCUCAGGCAGCACCUCGUCCUCCUCCUCUUUCUCCUCUUCCUCGUCUUCCUCAUACACCGGCGAGGGACAAGGGAAGCCUAAUUCUAAAUCCCCGUCACGCAAGAAAGGGAGCCUGCAGAGCACCACCAGCCCUGACUUGCGUGGUGCAGUCGGGCCGAAGCCCCUGAAACCCCAGCGAUCCCUCCCAGGGACACCGGUUUCACUUAAACACUUCCCGAUUGACCUGCGAACAUCCAUGGACGGAAAGUACAAAGAAAUUGCAGAGGAGCUGUUCACUCGCAGCAUGGCCGAGAGCGAGAUGCGGAGCGCUCCCUACGAGUUCCCGGAGGACAGCCCCAUCGAACAGCUGGAGGAGCGACGGCACCGCCUGGAGAGGCAGAUCAGCCAAGACAUCAAGCUUGAGCCUGAGAUUUUGCUCCGCGCCAAGCAGGACUUCAUGAAAAUCGACAGUGCUCUGGAUCUGGAGUUUAUGAAGGAGAAGAGUGUAGACACUGUGGAUGACGGCUUUCCAGAGAGGGAGAUCCCGGUAGAGAGGGAGUACCAGCGUGUUUCCAUUUCCGGGGAGGAAAAAUGUGGGGUGCCCUUCACUGAUCUGGUGGAUGCUGCCAAGUGUGUGGUGAAGGCGUUGUUCAUUCGGGAGAAGUACAUUUCUCGCUCCAUGCAGAGCUUCUGUAAGACCACAGCCCGCUCCUUGCUGGAGCUGGGGGAGAAACCGAUGGACCUUCAGGUCUACGAGGAGAUCCCAGAGACCCCCGUAGAUGCUGAUGCUCCUGUCCAUCCACCCGUCUCCAAGACGCACCCUUACGAGAAUCAGGACCCCAAGAAUAUGCCCACUGACACAGGAUAUGGCUGCAGUAUGGUCGAUGGAGUCAUCCACGUCUACACCAAGAAUAGCCCCUUGGAAAAGAGUACAGAGCUUGACCUGCCCUAUCCUGACUUGAAGGAGUACAUUGCAGACAUGAAUGUCAUGAUGGCUCUUAUUAUCAAUGGACCAGUGAAGUCUUUCUGCUACCGCCGUCUUCAGUACUUAAGCUCCAAAUUCCAGAUGCACAUCCUGUUGAACGAGAUGAAGGAACUGGCAGCUCAGAAGAAAGUCCCUCACAGAGACUUCUACAACAUCCGCAAGGUGGACACACACAUUCAUGCAUCAUCCUGUAUGAACCAGAAGCACCUGCUACGUUUUAUCAAGCGAGCCAUGAAGAAGUAUCCCGGGGAGAUUGUCCAUAUUGAGCGUGGGCGUGGACAGACUCUCAUGGACGUGUUUGAAAGCAUGAACCUGACAGCCUUUGACUUGAGCGUAGACACUCUGGACAUGCAUGCGGACCGUAACACGUUCCACCGCUUUGACAAGUUCAACGCCAAAUACAACCCAAUCGGAGAAUCCAUCCUGAGAGAGAUCUUCAUCAAGACCGACAACCACAUUGAAGGGAAAUACUUUGCACACAUCAUUAAGGAGGUGAUGUCCGACUUGGAGGAGAGCAAGUACCAGAACUCUGAGCUGCGCCUGUCCAUCUAUGGUCGCUCCCGUGACGAGUGGGACAAACUAGCCCAGUGGGCUGUCAAACACCGUGUCUACUCCGACAACGUGCGCUGGCUUGUCCAGGUUCCCCGCCUCUUUGAUGUGUACCGAACCAAGAAUCAGCUGGCCAAUUUCCAGGAGAUGCUGGAGAAUAUCUUCAUGCCUUUGUUUGAGGUCACUAUCAACCCGCGCAGCCAUCCAGAGCUGCACCUCUUCCUGCAGCAUGUGGUGGGUUUUGACAGUGUGGAUGACGAGUCCAAGCCCGAGCACCAUAUCUUCAACCUUGACAGCCCGCUGCCAGUCAACUGGACAGAAGAGGAUAACCCGCCCUACUCCUACUACCUCUACUACACCUAUGCCAAUAUGACCGUGCUCAACCAUCUGCGCAGGAGGCGGGGCUUCCAUACGUUUGUGUUGCGACCUCACUGUGGGGAGGCGGGACCUAUUCACCACCUGGUGUCAGGUUUCAUGCUGUCGGAGAACAUUUCCCAUGGACUGCUGCUCAGAAAGGCCCCAGUGCUGCAGUAUCUGUACUACCUGGCUCAAAUUGGCAUCGCCAUGUCGCCUCUGAGUAAUAACAGCCUGUUCCUGAGCUAUCACCGCAACCCACUGCCAGAGUACCUGUCCAGAGGCCUCAUGGUCUCUCUGUCCACCGAUGACCCUCUCCAGUUCCACUUCACCAAGGAGCCUCUGAUGGAGGAGUACAGCAUCGCCACUCAGGUGUGGAAACUGAGCUCCUGUGACAUGUGUGAGCUGGCGAGAAACAGUGUCCUCAUGAGCGGUUUCUCACAUAAGGUAAAAAGCUACUGGCUGGGGCCCUACUACUGCAGGGAGGGUCCUGAGAGCAAUGACAUCCGCCGCACGAAUGUCCCCGACAUUCGCGUGGCCUACCGCAGCGAGACCCUCUGCGAGGAGCUCAACCUCAUCAUCCAUGCCGUGCGCACAGAGGAGCUGGACACCAUUGAUGAGGAAGAUUCUUUGUCCAUGGCCCCCCUCCCCGGACAGCGCUAAAAUCAGCAGUCGUCUCCACCUGUAAAUCCUCUCCACCCUUCGGCCCCUCCCAGCAUGACUUUGAAGAGGGUUGAUGCUAGAUCCAACGGGGUGUAGGCACGAAAGUAGCCGUGAUUGGCUGUUGCAUCAGCCAAUAGACAGCACGGAACCUCAAAGCGCACUGACUUGAAACAAACGAUGCACACUGAAACAUUUAGCUAGCUAGCUAGCUUACAUCUGACCUUAACAUUGCCAGAUCGUACUGUAACGAUAGCUAAUGUUAAAGCUUGCUAACAAUGGGAAUUCAAAAAGAGUUUAUACCCUAACCCUAACCCUAACCAACAACCAAUCACGUCUACGUCCGUGCCUACACCCCGUUGGAUCUAGCAUCAACCUUUGAAGAGAUGCAAAGAGAGGACUCUUGUCCUCGCUCUACCUCUGACAACCCCCAGCUCAACUCCCAGCCAUUGCUAUUGAACGUCACGUCACGUCACGUCACCUCACGUCAACAGCCACACCGCUGCCAAAAGCCAUGGAAGCAGUGCCCCCUAGAGUGCUCAGACCUCAGUUGUCUUUGUCGUUUGAACAUGGGUUGUAGACCCAUGUGCAGAAAAGGGAUAGCCAGCCCACUGUUUCUCUGAGAUUCAGUAUUUUUGCAGACUGAGCUUGAGUUAGAUCUGUCCAUUUCUGUCCCUUCUCUUCACGUCUCACUGUGACAGGUCGAGUCUCAGUGGGCAUGGCUAAGGUUAGCCGGGGAUAAUUGGCGCCAGCAUAUUCCAUUAAUGCACAAAGUAAGCGGGGAGACCUGAGAAAGCUGUGUCUUUAUGUGUUCUUAGUAAUCAAGGUAAGAAAGUCACAGAAAGUGAAUCAGUUCAUCUGGACACAACGUUUACUGAGAGAAACGUUUCAUCCCUCAUCUCACUGAGCCUGAAGAGGUCAAGGAUCAGGAACAAUUUAUUGUCAUUUCUUAUAUACACUUGUAUACACAAAGAAAUGACAUUUCGUUUCCCCCAGCCCACAGCAAUGCAACACAAAAAACACGUCCAUAAUUUCCCAAAAACGACGCCACCAAAAACAUACAAAAACAAAGAGAACAAAGCAAAAUAAAAAACACAAACAGUGAACAACACAGUCCACUCAGUGCAACUCAGUCCAAAAAAUUCUUCUGUCCAGAGAAUGAACGCCAGCCAGGAUGACUGGCGGAACCGCCGGUCUGCAUGGGCUAGCAGUUAGCUUAGCCUGCCCUGCUUCCGCGUCCUGCCAGACUGCCCUCGGUGUUUCCUCCCCAUGCGCAGCUCCAGGUAGGGCCGUGGUUCCUGGGCCCAUUGGAUGAGGCAGACCAGACUCCCUCAGCCGAUCCAACGCCAGCUCUCCUAGCCAUUAAGCGAAAAAAAUCGACGAACAAAAUAAAAACCUUCACAUGAAGACACAAACUUAGAUGUGGACAAAGACACUGCAUAGUCGGCACUGGGUGAGGCCGCCAUCUUCCACACAAGUAACAUUUCUCUCUCAAUAAACGGGGCCUGAUGAACUGAUUCAACUUUCUUUGACUGGGAAAGUUGUGUUUCCCUCGCUAAAGACACUGUAAGUGAGUGUUUCCUCUGCUUAGUCCAUCUCAUAGCUCCUCCUUCUGACUCCAUUUUGUCAGGCCAAAGCCACACAGUCCAACAUCAGUUGAUCUAUGGACUUUGCUAGAAAAGAUGACCGAUGUCAUCUCACAGAACUAUCUCCACAGUAAACCCAUCCUGAGAGCCGCUCAUAGUCCACGACCCAUUCAUGCUGCCUUACUAAACGUAACACGUCCUGCAUCUUCACGACACCCACAGCCAUUAUGUAGGAACGUAGAUGCAACGGUGUUUAAAUUCGUACAGUGUGAUUGUCGGCUCAGAUUUGCCUUCCUUGCUCAACCAUGUUUGGUAUGUUUUCAGAGUUUUGAGUAGUCAAAUCUAGUGUUAAUCAAAGUUAUUAGCUUAUAAUGAGAAUUUAUAUUUCAAAACAUAGAAGAAGCUGCUUUACACACUAGCGACUUGAGAAGUCGGUCAGACAGGUGUAGCGUUAAGACUGUUUUAGCGCUCGCUAAACUGUGUUGCUUGUGCUCACUGUGUUUUCAGACGAUCGGUGACCACACGUGUAAACUACUCGCAGCACGACUGCAUGCCGCGUUCCUAUAAUUUUCAUUAGCUGAGGAUAAAAGAACGGCGAGAGGGAUGCCAGCAGACUUUGUAGGCCUCAAGCCGGAGAGGAGCCAACUUCCUGUGGUCGACUGAAAACAUUCCACAAAGGGAAAGGGAUUUUUUUAUAAGUAAUUGUUAGGUCUGAAAUACCUCUAAGAAGAGUAGAUUUGCACCAUUGCGGUAUGUUUGUACCCGAUGGUCUGUUUCUGGAACUGUGGCGGUGUGCAUAAUAGAGCACGGCAACCACAGGUUACAGCACAGGUGAAGCGGAAUGAACUCAGAAAUCAUCCCGGGGGGGGGGGGGGCGAACAUCCCCACCGUAACCUCACUGUGACUGUUGAAUAGUUGGACCCUUUGCACCACCUUGUGCUUGAGCCUUGAUCCUGCUCUGUUCCCUCCCCCCACCCUUGUAGACAGACUUAAGCAAGGUGAGUUCCCCAGGACAAACCCUAUGAAGCUGUUUAUUUUCCGCCUUUUGCAUGACGUGCACUGUACGCACCAAGACAGGACUUACCAGUGCCUUUUUGUUUUAGCUUUGGGCACUGCUUGCCCAUUCUCCAAGCUGUUUUCUCGUAUGAAGAUUUCAUCUUUCGUCGGAUAAAAUGGCGAGCUCUGCACCAGUUUUAUCAUAUCACAUGGGCUCCCAUGCUGAUAUCAUGAGAAAUGAUGAAUGAAACACAACACCCAGCUGGAUGCUUGGUGUCUGCUUCGGCCUUCUCAUAACUUGGAAAGAAAGCUUUUUCUUCCCUUUUCCAAUGCUCUGCUUUUAAGUGCUUUUUCUCAUGUAAUGCAUGCCUGCAUGGAUAAUUACUGUCUAGAAGAGAGACUGAGAAGUUAAUUACAGCAAGCUGUAAUGUAAAACAACAAGAAUUCAGGGCUGCUGACCAGCUGUCAUGUAAUACGUUUGCAAUGAUAAUUUGGUCACGCAAAACCAAAUUGAAAGUCCACUUCGUCCUCCCUCUUGAAAUGCACAAACCAUGCUGGGACACAGUAAGGACUGUUGCAUGAGUCUUUAUGGCAUUUUUACGACUUCACCCUAGUUGAAGCUGGGAUCACCAAGCACUAUCUGGAGAUUUUUGUAUUGCAUACCCAUCCUCACUCAUACCUCUCUCUGUCGUUGGACAUCUUCUUCAUGUCCAUGUCCAUCAUACUGUGAGGGUUAUUUUUCACCGUUAUUGUUUCUGUAUCAUAAUACUUGAUGCCAAGGCUGUUCUUCCGUGAGAAUUAUGGAGCUGAUGUUGCAAAAUUGGCUCCACAGCCACCUACCAUCCAACGUAGUCAUAAGAACGAGAAGAGAUAACGUCCUAGAAUGUCAGCAUUUGAAACUAGCCUACUGUAAUGUACAUGUUCACUUUGAAAGCAGAUCAUUAAUACAGUUAAUAAGAGCCCAUCAUAAUUGGGGAGGGUAAACGUGGCUUCUCAUUUAAAGGGAUGCACUACGGUUGUGUUUGUCCAGUACAUGAUGGGAUUCAUGUGGUCGUUGGAUUUCCUGUACAAAGUUUAUUUUUUUAAAGGCUAUAGACGUAAGAAAUUUUCUAUAAAGAUAUAUUGAUGUUUAAUUUUCAAAAUUAAUUGCGUUCAUGGAGUAUUCAUUCAUGAAUGGUACGUACAGAUUUUUUUUUCACCUUUGUGAUUUUAUUCUUAUUUUAGCCUUAUCUUACAAAGUUUUAAGCUUAAAAUAAUUCGAUCCAAUAUUUCACUUUUUUUGGUUUCGUUUGAUUUAUUGUGUUCACCUUUAAUAGUGUUUUUAUUGUUUCUACUCUGAUUAGUGUUCCUCAUACCUCUCCAUUUUAUCUGGAGAAAAAAAUUCAAGCCAAAAGAUGUCUGUAUAUUGUCACACCCACUCGCUCUUUCACUCUUGUUUCACAUCACAGCCAUAGAAUUCGCCUUUUUAGAUGUAAUUUGUAAAGACAAACUGUCUUACAAUACGUUGUAACAUGAAUGACAUGUUACAAAGUAGCAAGUCAUUCAUGUUACAAGUCAUGUUACAAAGUAACAUGAGACACGUUACAAAGUAACAACAUGUAAUUCAUGUUACUUUGUAACAUGAAUUACAUAACAUGUUUUUGUGUUUAGGGAUUGAAGGAAGGAUGCACACCAAAGGCACAGACACCUGUGGUCAGUCUCUGGGAUGAUAUGUGGUCAAAUAUCAAUCCAGCUGGUUUAUAGUAUGUAAUUCAGAUAAUGUCUAAUGUCCUCCAUCGUGCAGAGGUGGCUGGUGACUGUAUCAUGAGCAGUUCACUUUAUGGCUUCAUGUUUUCUGUUCAUGGGUCACAGUAGCGGAGAACUAAAUUUUUGUAGCAUGCACAAUGUAGUGCACCCUACCUCACAAAUAUCCUCUGUUCUCAUCUUGUUGCUGUAUACUGUGUUUUCCUCAACAACGCCAGCGUUGUACCCUAGAAAUUAAGAAUAGCACACAAGGAUUCACGUGUGAGACGGAGAGCAGCAGCAGCCAGUGGGAGAUGCUGUUCACUGUUCUGCCAUAUAGUGAACCAGCACAAAAACAACCCAGAGACUAUUCAAAUAUCUUCACUUACACCCCGAGUUGACUCUUGUUCUUGUAAUAGUCACAUUUAUGUAUUCCCAAGUACUUAUUUCAAAAGAAAGUAUUAUGAUGCUCACACUCUAUUCUCAUUAGUUAGUUUUUUUUCUCAUAAUGCCUGUUUUUACACAUUGUCACUUUUUUUGUUGAAAUCUGAUUUGUUGUAUCGUGUUUAGUGAUCUUUACUCAUUCUCAUGGCUUGAAAUAGACUGAGUUUCAGUCUGAUGCCUCGGAUAUGGUUCAUGUGUAACGUCUGAAGAAUAAAAUAAAGGCAUGUUUAUUCAUUGCACAA